CGCGCGCCUUCACUAUAGGGAACCUGUCUCGCGGCCGGGGAGCAGUGCUUCUUCCUGUGAGGGCCUAGCUGUGCGGCGACUUCUCCUUCCGCUCCUGCGACUCCCCGGGACGGCGGGAGGCAAGCGGAAGGUGCACGGACGCCGAGGCCCGAGGUGACCGGCGGCAGCUGGGCAGUCGAGGCCACCGGCGUAGCCAUGUCGCUGUGGGGGCAGCCGCUGCAGGCCUCCCCUCCCCUGGCUGUGCAGCAGCCCCCGACCGCGUCCCCGGGACCUUCGAUCUCCCCUCCAGCCGGCGCAACUCUCAACCGCCUGCCGGAGCCGCUGCUGCGGAGGCUCAGCGAGAGUUUGGACCGCGCUCCGGAGGGCCGGGGCUGGCGGCAGCUGGCCGAGGUGGCCGGCAGUCGGGGACGCCUCCGGCUCAGUUGCCUGGACCUGGAACAGUGUUCUCUUAAAGUAUUGGAGCCAGAGGGAAGCCCAAGUUUGUGUUUACUGAAACUGAUGGGUGACAAAGGCUGUACAGUCACAGAACUGAGCGACUUCCUCCAGGCUUUGGAGCACACUGAGGUUCUUCAGCUUCUCAGCCCCCCAGGAUUAAAGAUCACCGUAAACCCAGAAUCCAAGGCAGUUUUGGCUGGACAGUUUGUAAAACUGUGCUGCCGCGCAACUGGACAUCCUUUUGUACAAUAUCAAUGGUUCAAAAUGAAUAAAGAGAUCCCAUAUGGAAAUUCAUCAGAACUUAUUUUUAACACAGUCCAUGUAAAAGAUGCAGGCUUUUAUGUCUGCCGAGUUAACAACAGUUCCACCUUUGAAUUUAGCCAGUGGUCACAGCUGGAUGUAUGUGAUGUGGCAGAAGUAACAGACAGCUUCCAGGGAAGUGUGGAUGGCAUCUCAGAAUCCAAGCUGCAAAUCUGUGUUGAACCAAGGUCCCAAAGGCUGAUGCCAGGCAGCAUGCUGUUUUUACAGUGUGUUGCUAUUGGAAGUCCUAUGCCGCACUACCAGUGGUUUAAAGAUGAGUCACCAUUAACACAUGAGACCAAAAAGCAUUACACGGUUCCAUAUGUGGAUCUAGAACAUGAAGGAACCUACUGGUGUCAUGUAUAUAAUGACCGAGACAGUCAAGAUAGUAAGAAGGUAGAAGUCAUCAUAGGAAGAACAGAUGAGGCAGUGGAAUGCACUGAAGAUGAAUUAAAUAAUUUAGGCCACCCUGAUAAUAAAGAACAAACUGGCCAGCCUUUGGCAAAGGACAAAGUUGCUCUUUUAAUAGGAAAUAUGAAUUACUGGGAGCACCCCAAGCUUAAAGCUCCUUUGGUGGAUGUGUAUGAACUGACCAACUUAUUAAGGCAACUAGAUUUCAAAGUUGUUUCAUUGUUGGAUCUUACUGAAUAUGAGAUGUGUAAUGCUGUGGACGAAUUUUUACUACUUUUAGACAAAGGAGUAUAUGGGUUGUUAUAUUAUGCAGGACAUGGUUAUGAAAACUUUGGGAACAGUUUUAUGGUCCCUGUUGAUGCUCCAAAUCCAUAUAGGUCUGAAAAUUGCCUAUGCGUACAAAACAUACUGAAACUAAUGCAAGAAAAGGAGACUGGACUGAAUGUGUUCCUGUUGGAUAUGUGUCGGAAAAGAAAUGACUACGACGAUACCAUUCCAAUCUUGGAUGCACUGAAAGUCACUGCCAAUAUUGUGUUUGGAUAUGCCACGUGCCAAGGAGCAGAAGCCUUUGAGAUCCAGCAUUCUGGAUUGGCAAAUGGGAUUUUUAUGAAAUUUUUAAAAGAUAGAUUACUAGAAGACAAGAAAAUUACUGUGUUACUGGAUGAAGUUGCAGAAGAUAUGGGUAAAUGUCACCUUACCAAAGGCAGACAAGCGCUAGAGAUUCGCAGCAGCUUGUCUGAAAAGAGAGCGCUCACUGAUCCGAUCCAGGGAGCGGCUUGCUCUGCCGAGGCUCUGGUGCGCAAUCUGCAGUGGGCCAAGGCUCAUGAACUUCCAGAAAGUAUGUGCCUUAAAUUUCAGUGUGGCGUUCAUAUUCAAUUAGGAUUUGCUGCAGAGUUCUCCAAUGUCAUGAUAAUCUACACAAGUAUAGUACACAAACCACCUGAGAUAAUAAUGUGUGACGCCUAUGUGACUGAUUUUCCUCUGGACCUGGAUAUUGAUCCAAAACAUGCAAAUAAGGGGACUCCUGAAGAAACUGGCAGCUACUUAGUGUCCAAAGAGCUCCCCAAGCACUGCCUCUAUACGAGACUCAGCUCACUGCAGAAAUUAAAGGAGCAUCUGAUCUUCACGGUAUGUCUGUCGUAUCAGUACUCAGGACUAGAAGACACUGUGGAGGAGAAGCAGGAGGUGAACGUGGGGAAGCCUCUCAUUGCCAAGCUAGACAUGCACCGAGGAGUGGGCAGGAAGACUUGUUUCCAAGCUUGCCGUUUGCCUGACGAGCCUUACCACAGCGCCACGGCUACCUCAGCAGGAGCGGGGCAUUUCCAUUCCUCUCAGGACUCAUUCCACGAUGUGUACCAUUCACAUCUUGAUAAUGCAGACGCUGGUAUGCCACCAGACAGGUGUCACUGCAGCCGGACUCCACAUGCGUUCAUUUCAAAUUAUCCCCCCCACCACUACUGCCAGUUUGGUAGAAGUAAUGUGCCCGUAGAGACAACCGAUGAAAUGCCAUUCAGUUUUUCUGACAGGCUUAUGAUUUCUGAAAACUGACCUUCAUGUUUUUGAAAAUGAGAAUAGUUACAGUAAUCUCACAUAAAUUAACACUCAUAUAAAGUGAGGUGUGGUGAAAAGGCAAGCACGUACGUAUGGGGAAAAAACUAGCAACAACUUUUUAUAGCAAGCUCUCAGGAAUAUGGGAUAUUAGAAUUACAUUAUUUAAGCUUGGCAGUGAUGGCACACACCUUUAAUCAGUACUCAGAAGGCAGAGGAGGGGGAAGAUCUCUGAGUUUGAGGCCAGUCUAGUAUACAUAGUGAGUUCCAGGACAGCCAGAAAUACACAGAGAAAUCCUGUCUAACCAAAAAAAAAAAAAAAAAAAAAAAUUUACAUUAUUUAUCUAGACUAUCUCUUGCUUUUGUCCUGUUUUGAGACUUUGUGAAUUAAUUUGUUUUGUAAGAAUGAAGUAUGGGGUCUAUAAAUAUUAUUCAGUGGUACAGUGAAAGGCCCUGGGCUUGCUCAUUGUUAUGGAGGGGAAAUGAGUUAUUAGAGUAAAUAUGUAUGUGUAUCAGAUAUUUUCAUUUCGACCACUCAAAAGAUCCCUGAAAAUGGCAUUAUUAUAGAUUGAGUUAUAUUGUUAGCACCAAAAAAGAACCCUUUCUCUUUUUCAGAGUUAUUUUCUUUAUGUGUAUAUCUGGAGACCUGAGUGUAUAUGUGUGCUAAUGGAGACCAGAAGAGGGCAUCAGAUCCUGGAACUGGAAUUACAGGCAGGUGUGAGCCACUCGGUGUGAAUAUUAGGAGCUGAACCUACUUCCCCUCCAAGUGUUCUUAACGUCUCUCAACCCCAGAAAGAACCUUUCAGGCAUCAGGCUUUAUAACUUCAUUUAUCAAUGGAAAAAACAGAUGAAGGCAAUCUGUUUUACACGGGAGCACAACUGAAGUCUCAGUUCUGGUCUCAAAUCUCUCUUCCAGUGCUUUCUAUUCUACAAGUGGUUUAGACAUUUUAAAAAGUCUUAGAGUGUGGUGGUGCAUGCCUUUAAUCCCAGCACUCGGGAGGCAGAGGCAAGUAGAUCUCUGUGAGUUAAAGGCCAUCUGGUCUACAAAGUCCAGGACAGUAAGGACUACACUGAAAAACCUGUCUUGGGGAAAAAAAAAACCUUAGAGCUAAGGUAAUGGCUGCUAAUAGAGUGUCUGCUGCAAAGUGUGAAGACCAGAGAUUGAAUCCCCAGCACCUACAUAAAAGGUUGGGGGCAUAGACAGGCAGGAACAGUGAAAGACUGUCUAAAAUAAGGUAGAAAACAACUAGCGAAGACAACCAGCAUCGACCUUCGGUGUCCAGUUGCGUGUGUAUGCUAUGUACUCGUAUAAAAACAUACAUGCAAAGGUCUUGGAAGAAUGCUAGCACAGAGAAUAGGCAUUUGGACUGCCUCCGAGUUUCUGUUGCUAUGGUAGAAUACUAUGGCCAAAAGGCAACUUGGGGAGGAAAAGU